GCAGGCGCCACUGUAUGUUGUGCAUGAUCUGUGCAUGUCCUGGCAAAUGGUCACACCUUGCGAGCGCGGGAGGAGGGGAAGGAAGGUGGCCAACUUGGGGAGGGGUGAGGUGGAAAGAAGAGCGCUCUCCUCCUCCAUUAAUUUCCAAAUGUCUGUUACUAAGAAUAGCCUCCCUCCUCCUCUUUCCAUCUCCGACAAACACAGCACUCGCAUGCGCCGUUGCAGGUGCGCACGUGUACGUGGCACACACAACCAACACCCCUUUUUGCUCUGCGCGUGCAUUUGGCAAUUUCUAUGCGCAUUGACGUGAAUUUGGGAAUACUGAUUCGAGGGGGGGGUCGGCAUUUUUCAUCAUUGUGGCUGACAUGAAUCGGUGUUUGGUUUGAGAGCUCCUGAGGCAGCCAUACGCGUGUGCAAGUCGGUGCUUGCGUCAUAAUGCAUGUGCGGCUGGUAUGGCGCACACGUAAGAUGCGCGGCGGUGUAGUUUAGAGCCGCUCCGCUACUAUCGCGUCUUUUCAUUCUUGUCUCGAUCCAUCCAUCCAUCCAUCCCUCCAUUCCUGCGUCCCUCUCCUUCUCUCCUCCCCUUGGGGCUGCUGGUGGAGGAACCCAACCCCCCACCCCCGACCACCCCCGCGCCACCUCCACCAUACACUCGGACCAGAGCGAGGCUCGAGCAGGACAUCCAAGCGAUCCAAGAGGACGGGAGGUUCGACUUUAUCACGGACACGGCGAGAGAGACAUUGUCCAUGGGAGGGUUGUUGUAAGACGACGGGGAAGAUAAAGAUGCCGUCCCACGCGUGUCUUUGAAGCCGCGUCCUCUCCGUCCGUGGAUGGCUCGGCAGGUGUUGCAAGCAGGGAGGAGGAUGCCGUUCGCCGCUCUCAUCUUCACUACGACGGCAUGGACAUUUUCAAACAUGGAAUUCUCCGCCUUUCCCAUUUUGCACGGCGUUUUGUAUUUCUAAGCUAAUUACGCCCCCCCCCCACCACCACCACCACUCCGUCUUGUUCGGCGUUCGAGGCUUGUCAGAUCCUCCACUUUAAGGUAAAAUUAGCAGUGGCACACUGCCACGUUCUCGCAACACGACCAAAUAUUGCGGAUAUUUGAGAAAUAAUGAAAUAAUGAUGGUAGGAUUUGAUUUCCGAUGGUUUUUAAGUGAACGGCGGUGGUUUCAGGGGGAGAAGAAUUGCACCAUCUGACCACUGAACGUUUGAGCCGUUUUUUCACAUUCGAUGCCGUGAAUGUGAUUUAUUAGGCCCGUGCCGUUUGAGAGGCGUCUGUACUGGCAUGACAUGUUGUCAUGACAGUGAGGAACUAAAUCUUGUGGCGCCCGUGGAGCUGUUCUGAUGCGGCAGGCACGACGGCGGCUCGUUUUGAAUAAGUCCCCAUGAUCUGGUGGUGGGGGGGAACCUCCUCAGGGUUUGGACGGAUCCAAGACGACUGUAGGACUUGAGACGCCCUUCAGCGGGAGCAAAAGACCAAACGUUUGAUUCCCUACCACCCGCGCCUGGCCCCCUCGGCAAAGACGGCCGGACAGGGAAGGCGGUCUCUACGCGGGCCCCUCGGGUUUCUCAGACCAGAAGCUGCAGAACCUCGACCCAUUUAAGCGUAUGAGAUGUUCUGAUCCGGCUGGGAUGUAAUGUGUGGCUGUGCAGCUGAGCACCGGUCUCCUUCUCCGCUGCUUCGUCAAGAUUGGCUUCUGGUUUCCAGAGAAUGGCGCGGUUUGGUGACGAGGUACCAGCCAGGUACGGUGGAGGGGCCGGCGGAGGCGGCCCAGGCGGUCGUGGUGGAGGCAGACAGGGAGGACCGCACGGACACGGACACGGUCACGGGCACGGACAUGGCCACGGACACGGGCAUGCCCACGGGCACGGGCUGGCCCACGGUCCACCCGGGGGACCGGGAGCCCAGAGAAUGUACAAGCAGUCUAUGGCGCAGAGGGCCCGGACGAUGGCCUUGUACAACCCGAUCCCAGUACGCCAGAACUGCUUCACGGUCAACCGCUCCUUGUUUAUUUUCAGUGAAGACAACUUUGUGAGAAAAUAUGCCAAAAAGAUCACCGAAUGGCCUCCAUUUGAGUGGAUGAUUCUCGCCACCAUCAUCGCCAACUGCAUCGUCCUGGCCCUGGAGCAACAUUUGCCCGACGGUGACAAGACGCCACUGUCUGAGCGCCUGGACGCUACCGAGAUGUAUUUUAUUGGGAUCUUCUGUUUUGAAUCCGGGAUCAAGAUCCUGGCUCUGGGCUUCGCCUUCCACAAGAACUCCUACUUGAGGAAUGGAUGGAAUGUCAUGGACUUUGUGGUGGUGCUCACGGGGAUCCUGUCCACUGUGGGCUCAGAUUUUGACCUGCGGACCCUCAGAGCUGUUCGAGUCUUGAGGCCUCUCAAACUGGUUUCUGGUAUUCCCAGCUUACAGGUGGUGCUCAAGUCCAUCAUGAAGGCCAUGAUCCCUCUGCUCCAAAUUGGCCUCCUGCUUUUCUUUGCCAUCCUCAUGUUCGCCAUCAUCGGCUUGGAGUUUUACAUGGGCAAAUUCCACAAAACCUGCUUUGACAAUCACACAGGGGAGAUCCGAGAAGAGUUCCCGUGUGGGACGGAGCCUCCGUCGCGAUUGUGUCCGGAGGGUACCACGUGUCGAAAGUACUGGCUCGGUCCAAACUACGGCAUCACCCAGUUUGACAACAUCCUUUUCGCCAUCCUCACCGUCUUCCAGUGUAUCACCAUGGAGGGCUGGACCGAACUGUUGUACUAUAGCAACGAUGCCUCAGGGAGCGCGUGGAACUGGAUGUAUUUCAUCCCCCUUAUUAUCAUCGGCUCCUUCUUCAUGCUCAACCUGGUGCUGGGUGUGUUGUCAGGGGAGUUUGCCAAAGAGAGAGAGCGAGUGGAAAACAGAAGUGAGUUCCUGAAGCUGAGAAGGCAGCAGCAGAUUGAAAGGGAACUCAAUGGUUACUUGGAGUGGAUCUGCAAAGCCGAAGAGGUUCUCUUGGCAGAUGAUGACAAUGAAAAUGAUUAUGAUGGCUCCCGCAGGAGAGCCACCAAGAACCACAAGAGCAAAGCGGAGCUUCUAAACCCGGAGGAGGGCGAGGGAGACCUGGCAGUUGGUUCACCGUUUGCCCGUGCCAGCUUAAAAAGCUCCAAGCUUGAAGUAUCGACUUUCAAGAGGCGAGAAAGGCGCUUGCGCUUCUUAAUUCGACACAUGGUGAAGUCCCAGGCCUUCUAUUGGACUGUACUGUGUUUGGUGGGCCUCAACACGCUGUGUGUGGCUGUCGUGCACUACGACCAGCCGGAACCGCUCUCGGAUUUUUUAAAUUAUGCUGAAUUUAUCUUCCUGGGAAUAUUCCUGACAGAGAUGUUUGUCAAGAUGUAUGGUCUGGGAAGACAGGCAUACCUCAACUCCUCUUUCAACUGCUUUGACUGCAUCGUGAUCUGCGGCAGCAUAUUUGAAGUGCUGUGGUCUGUUAUCCAGCCGGGCACGUCGUUCGGCAUCAGUGUUUUACGAGCUCUCAGGUUAUUGAGGAUCUUCAAGGUCACCAAGUACUGGGCAUCUUUACGAAACCUUGUGGUGUCUUUGCUCAACUCCAUGAAGUCCAUCAUCAGCUUGCUCUUCCUCCUCUUCCUCUUCAUAGUUGUUUUCGCCCUGCUGGGAAUGCAGCUCUUCGGAGGACAGUUUAAUUUUGAAAAUGGCACUCCUUCAACAAACUUUGAUACCUUCCCGGCAGCAAUAAUGACAGUGUUUCAGAUCCUGACAGGAGAAGACUGGAACAUGGUGAUGUACGCCGGCAUCAAGUCUCAGGGCGGAGUCAACAAGGGCAUGGCCUUCUCCGUCUUCUUCAUUGUGCUCACACUUUUUGGCAACUAUACUCUGCUGAAUGUCUUCUUGGCUAUCGCUGUGGACAAUUUGGCCAACGCGCAGGAGCUAACCAAGGAUGAGCAAGAGGAGGAGGAGGCUGCCAGUCAGAAGAUCGCGUUGCAAAAAGCCAAGGAGGUGGCGGAAGUCAGCCCCCUCUCAGCUGCCAACCUCUCCAUAGCAGCCAACAAAGUACACAGUGAUUGUCACCACGCUACUGACCCCUUUCUGGACUGUAAGGAGCAGCAGAAGAACCACAACAAGGGUCUCAACAAGUCUGUGUGGGAGCAGCGCACCAAGGAGCUGAGGAAGCAAACGCUGGCAUCCAGCCGAGAAGCCCUUUACAACGAGCUGGACCCUGAAGAUCGCUGGAAGGCAAGAACAGGGCGGGAAGAACACAACAAUGUCAACUACUCACGCCACGUUCGACCAGAUAUGAAAACUCACCUGGAUCGACCUUUGGUGAUUGAUCCCCUUGAGAACCGCAACAACAACACCAACAAGAACACUGACAACAAUCCGGACCUCUGCUUCACCCCGCGGCAUUCCGCCGAUGACCUCCACAGGGAAACGCACCACCACCAACACGCGGGUCAAGGACGCCCCGCUAAAGCUCCUCUCGAGCGAGGCGAGUCCACUGAGAGCAGGCGAAGCCGGAAAGGUACGCACCAUCAUCGUAGCUCCCACGUACGAUUGGAUACAACGGUCAUUCCCGGGCCGGGCUCGGAGGAGAGGCCGACGAGGCGCCAUCAUCAUAAUCGCAGCGGAAGUCGAGGGACGGGCCAGUCCGAACACAAGAAACCUCGUUUGCAUCGCAAGAAUGAUGAAGGCGAGGACGGUCGAGAAGGAACUGGAAAAGCAGGAAGAGACAAGAGCAAAGGGGUCGAUGAAGGUGGCGAGGGAGGAGAGAAGGAAGCGGCUGGUGAUGGAAGUGAGAGGAGGCCGAGAAGGAAUCGCCAUGGCAACCAGACGGAAGGAGACGGGAAGAAGAUGUGCCAGCAUCGACGCAAGUCCGGGAGUGUUCUGAACCUCUCCACGACGAGGCCCAUCCAAAAGAGGUUGUCCAGGCAGGACAGGCAAGACAGUGAAGACAUGGACAACCUCAUGAAUAGCAAACUGGUUUCUGGCUCCACCCCUUCCGACGAGCAGCACCCAAAUCCACCCGCCAGCCGCAAUGCGGCCCCGGGCUUUGAAUCGGCCCUCCAGCUCGUCAACAGCGGUACCCGGGGGAGUUUAGUCAGAUUAGACAGCUUCGGGAACGUCGGGCAUCGGCGUGCCAGCAGCAUCAUCAGACAACCCCACCUGGACCACACAGUCGUGGACAUGCCAAUUUUUCCAUCCACCAAUGCCAUCCUGCAGGUCAAUAAAAAUGCAAACACGGAGCCUUUACCAGCGAAGGAGGACAAAGACGACGAUGAUGACGCAAAGGGCGGUGACGGGGGACCCAGGCCCAUGCCUCCCUUCACCUCAAUGUUUAUACUGACCACCACUAACCCGUUUCGCCGGGCCUGUCACUACAUCUGCACCCUGCGCUACUUUGAGAUGUGUAUUCUGCUCGUCAUUGCCAUGAGUAGUAUCGCCCUUGCUGCCGAAGACCCCGUCUGGCCCGAUUCUACUCGCAACAAUGUCCUGCGCUAUUUCGACUACGUCUUCACAGGAGUUUUCACAUUUGAGAUGCUAAUUAAGAUGGUGGACCUGGGCUUGGUCUUGCACCAAGGCUCGUAUUUCCGUGACUUGUGGAACAUCCUUGACUUUAUUGUGGUUAGUGGUGCGCUGGUGGCCUUCGCCUUCACCGGCGGAGGGGGGAGCAGCAAAGGGAAAGACAUCAGCACCAUCAAGUCUCUGAGGGUGCUCAGAGUGCUGCGGCCACUUAAGACCAUAAAGCGUCUUCCCAAACUCAAGGCCGUUUUUGACUGCGUGGUGAACUCUCUGAAGAACGUCCUCAACAUUCUGAUCGUCUACCUGCUCUUCAUGUUCAUCUUUGCCGUGGUAGCCGUGCAGCUCUUCAAGGGACGCUUCUUUCACUGCAGUGACGAAUCCAAAGAGUUUGAGCGUGACUGCAGAGGCGAGUUUUUGGUGUACGGGCGCGAUAAUGAAGUGAAGGCACAGAAGCGGGAGUGGAAGAAGUACGAUUUCCACUAUGACAACGUGGCUUGGGCCCUGCUCACGCUCUUCACCGUCUCGACUGGGGAGGGUUGGCCGGAGGUGCUGAAACAUUCCGUGGACGCCACUUACGAGAAUCAAGGCCCCAGCCCGGGGUACCGGAUGGAGAUGUCCAUCUUUUAUGUGGUGUAUUUUGUCGUCUUCCCCUUUUUCUUUGUCAAUAUCUUCGUGGCUCUCAUCAUCAUCACCUUCCAGGAGCAAGGAGACAAAAUGAUGGAGGAUUAUAGUUUAGAAAAGAAUGAGAGAGCUUGUAUCGAUUUUGCCAUCAACGCCAAGCCUUUGACUCGCCACAUGCCCAAGAACAAGCUCAGCUUUCAGUACCGCAUGUGGGAGUUUGUGGUGUCGCCACCGUUCGAGUACACGAUCAUGGCGAUGAUUGCGCUCAACACGAUUGUCCUGAUGAUGAAGUACGAUGGAGCAUCAGACACCUACGAAGCCGUGUUAGCCAACCUCAACAUCGUGUUUACCUCGCUGUUCUCCAUGGAGUGUGUGCUCAAGAUUAUUGCCUUUGGAGCACUGAAUUAUUUUAAAGAUGCCUGGAACAUUUUUGACUGCGUGACCGUUCUAGGAAGCAUCACUGACAUUCUGGUCACUGAACUUGGGAUGAAUAACUUCAUCAACUUGAGUUUCCUGAGGCUGUUCAGGGCAGCUCGGCUCAUCAAGCUGCUGAGGCAAGGAGAAACCAUUCGCAUCUUGCUCUGGACCUUCGUUCAGUCCUUCAAGGCUCUGCCUUAUGUUUGCCUCCUCAUUGCCAUGCUCUUCUUCAUCUAUGCCAUCAUUGGGAUGCAGCUUUUCGGGAAUAUUGCGAUUGAAGAAGACGGGGAGGGCGCCAUCGACCAACACAACAACUUCAGGACCUUCGUUCAGGCUCUCAUGCUGCUCUUCAGGAGCGCCACUGGGGAGGCGUGGCAUGAGAUCAUGCUGGCGUGCCUGGGGGGUAAAGAAUGCGACGAGCUGUCGGGGAAUACAGAGCCAGAGUGCGGCAGCCAAGUGGCUUACCUUUACUUUGUCUCGUUCAUCUUCUUCUGUUCAUUUUUGAUGCUGAAUCUGUUUGUGGCCGUCAUCAUGGACAACUUUGAGUACUUGACCAGAGAUUCUUCCAUACUUGGACCUCACCACUUGGAUGAGUAUGUCAGGAUCUGGGCCGAGUAUGAUCCUGCCGCCUGCGGGCGCAUUCAUUAUAAGGACAUGUACAGUUUAUUGCGAGUUAUCGACCCGCCUCUCGGCUUAGGCAAGAAAUGCCCCCAUAGGGUGGCCUGCAAGAGACUCCUUCGCAUGGAUCUGCCCGUGGCUGACGACAACACGGUGCACUUUAACUCCACCCUCAUGGCUUUGAUCCGCACAGCGCUGGACAUCAAAAUCGCCAAGAUUUCUGAAGGUGGUAUUGACAAGCACCAGAUGGAUGCCGAGCUGAGGAAAGAGAUGAUGGCAAUCUGGCCCAAUCUCUCCCAGAAGCAUCUGGACUUGCUGGUUACUCCCCACAAGUCAGCGACAGACCUGACAGUUGGCAAAAUCUACGCUGCCAUGAUGAUCAUGGAAUACUACCGGCAGAGCAAGACCAAGCGCUCGCAAGCGCUCCGCGAUGAGCAGAAUCGAACGCCAUUACUGUUUCAGCGCGUGGAACCGCCUUCCCCCACCCAAGACGGGGGUCCGGGCCUCAACAAUGCCCUCCCUCCACCUGAGACAACCGAGACAAUGAGCAAGCUCCCGGUGGAAGGGGGGGUGCCGGAGAGCCAGUCCUGGGUCACAGCUCGUGCUCAGGAGAUGUCCCAAAAGGUCGGGAGCUGGAGCCCUGAAGAUGGCCUGGGAAGCAUGACCACGUCGCAGACGGUAGAGAUGAGAGAGAUGGGGCAGGAUGGUUACUCGGAUACUGAGCACUUUCCACCAAUGGAAGGCCACGGCAGGGCCGCUUCCAUGCCCCGCCUACCAGGCGACAACCAAAAGCGGAGGAAGGGAAAGCAGCGUGGCAGUCACCUCAGUGCCAUCGGUGACAACAGCCCCAUGAAGCGCUCGGCCUCAUCGUUAGGUCACAGCAGGUCAGGACGCGGUAGCAGAGACAAAGGAGGCCCGGAUGGCUACAAUAUGGAGCGCGUUAUACCCGAGGAAGGUCGUGCUUCCAGGCACGGGCACAGGAGAAAAGAGCGCAGCCAUCGUGCCUCCGAGAGGUCGCUGAGUCGCUACGCGGAAGCGGACGCAGACACUCAGUCCGGUGACCUGAUGUCCAGGGACAGGGAUCGGGAUCGAGAUCGUGGUCGGUCCAAAGACCGCAAGCACCAUCACCAUCAUCACCACCAUCACGGCUCGGUGGACAAAGAACGUUACGCGGCGGAGCGUGGCGGCGAGUACGGCCGCAAGCAUUCUCGCGACAGAGAGCCCGACCGGGAGAGGGAAAGGGAGCGAGACCCGCGGUGGUCGCGAUCCCCCAGCGAGGGUCGCGAUUGCAUCACACACAGACAGGGCAGUAGUUCGGUCAGUGGAAGUCCUGUUCCAUCAACCUCCGGGACUAGCACACCGCGCCGAGGCCGCCGUCAAUUGCCUCAGACGCCCGCAACGCCCCGCCCCCACGUUACGUACUCCCCGGUAGUCCGUAAGGCCAUGCCCGCACAACCUGCGGGGCCUCAGGGCCGGGCCCCGGCCCCUGUUCCCCGCAGAUUGUCUCCUGAUGUUCCCCAAGGUCCGGUCUCUCUUGCCGGUGUCCCACCGGCCCACCACGGCGUGCCCCGCCAGACUCAUCACCUUCCACUUCGCUGGGCAGACACAGAUGGGGGAUCUCUAGAAGGGGACGGCUGCUUUUACAACCAAAACUACGUGCCCCACCACGAACCGCCAGCCCUUGAGCCAGGCAGCAACCCCCACCCUCACCCCUUGGCCAGCCACCAACUACCCCCGCCUCCUCAGCCGCAGCCGCGCAACCUGCACCCGCUCCCUCCACCACAGCCGCACCCCGUAAACAACCCCAACCCUCACCCCUUGCCGCCACACCCACAGCCAAACCGUACCUCGCCUAGGACCGCCCACCACAUGCCCCCAUCGACCGCUCCCCUGACUGGGCCCCUUCAAGGCCAAGUGCAGCCCCCCGCCCAGCGUCGCCUACCCAACGGUUACCGCUCUUCGUCACCUUCCACACAUCUCCAUGGACCCCAACACAGUGGGCCUCACAAGGUCCCACCCCCAGCGGGACACCCAAGAGGACCCCGCAAGGGUCUGCAUGAACCCUAUUGCGAGAAGGAGCAGGACGACUGGUGCUAGCCCACAGUACACGGACUGACGUGACAUUAGCCAGUCCUUGGAAUGUUCCGGCAAGGAAUGAAACCAGAAUGCUCAAACGUGAAAACAAACAAACAAAAAAAAAACUACAGGAAAAAGGUACCAAACGUGUAUUGAUGUCGCAUUCAUCACAUGACAAAACAUGUCAAAGUACAGCUUUGAAGGACGCAAGUUAGAGCGGCGAUUUAAAAUUUUGUCUCUGGUCAAGAGCUACAGCCACUUACAAGAUGUCAAGAGUUGCAACUCCCCCCAAAAAAAGACACAAAAGGGUUUGUUUGGUUUUUUUUUUUUUGCUUCCUCAAGCUAACUGAAUUGUGUUAGCUAGAAAAGAAGUCAACUCUAAACCCACCCAGCCACCUGUUUGAAUAUUGAUGAGUUUUAUCAUCUCUUUUUAAAUUAGAACUAAAACUGACAACGAGCCCUCCGCCUUGUACGAGGCGAGAGGCUGUGGCUACGAGAGUUGGGUAUGGGGGGGGCGUCGACUCGGUUAGGCUGGAAUCCGAGGAGGUUGUGAUCACCCUCUGCCUGGAAAGAAACUAUUCACGCCUUCCUCCGUCGUGAUGGAGAAACAAAGUGAUGACGGGUUUAAGCACCAAACCAGUUCUCUGCAGCAUUUCUUCUCUUACUGCAGCGGCUGCUUCUUCCGCUUCUUCUCCUCCUUCAAAACAUGCAAGCUUGAAUCUCCUGUUGCACCCUCACACAUCUUUUUUUUUAAAGACUUUAAACCCGGUUUGAUCCUGCAUGAAUGACCAAGAAAAAAAAAAAAGAGAGAGAAUACGAGCAACACAGAGAAUCUACUGUAUGUCAGGGGGAGGGACAUUUUUCUUCCUGUUGUAGCCUGUAGAUUUUGGAGGUUAAAUUACCUUUCGGUUUCUCUCUCUUUCUCCCCGUUUUUGACAUUCCUCUCUUGAUAAUCUCAUAUUCACUCAAAAAGGUCAUAGAAAGAAGUUACGUGUCAUUGUAAGAAAAA